GCGAUGUUUGGCCCGGCGAAAGGUGGCCAUUUUGGGGUCCCCCCCGUGGCCUGUUGCCCCGGCGGCAUCUCUCAACCUGCUGCCGGGACCAAAGGUGGUCCCGCGGGUUCCUGGCCCGUGGGCAGCCGGACCGACAAGAUGUGGCGGCUCCGCUGCAAGGCCAAGGACGGCACCCAUGUUUUGCAGGGGCUGUCCAAUCGGACUCGGGUGCGAGAACUCCAGGGCCAAAUUGCCGCAAUCACCGGGAUCGCUCCCGGCGGUCAGCGAAUCCUCGUCGGAUUCCCGCCGGAGUGCCUAGACCUCAGCAACGGGGAUACCAUUCUGGAGGACUUGCCCAUCCAAUCAGGCUGGGCUAGUGAACACCCAUUUCAUCUAUAUUUUCUCUGCAGUUCUGGGUUUGUUUUAUUUUUAACAGGCGACAUGCUGAUCGUUGAAGAAGACCAAACCAGGCUCAAAACUUCACCUGCAUUUGCAAAACAUGGUGCUCCUGGUUCCUUCAGGGAAACUUUGCCUGUGCUUGCCAGAAUGGUGGUCCCAGCAGACAAUUCUUGCCUCUUCACCAGUGUGUACUAUGUUGUUGAAGGGGGAGUCUUGAAUCCAGCUUGUGCCCCUGAGAUGAGACGACUCAUUGCACAAAUUGUAGCAAGUGAUCCAGACUUCUAUAGUGAGGCAAUACUGGGAAAAACAAAUCAAGAGUACUGUGAAUGGAUCAAAAGGGAUGAUACUUGGGGAGGAGCUAUUGAGAUAUCAAUUUUGUCUAAGUUUUAUCAAUGUGAAAUAUGUGUAGUGGAUACACAGACAGUAAGAAUUGAUCGUUUUGGGGAAGAUGCCGGAUAUACCAAAAGGGUCUUGCUUAUUUAUGAUGGCAUCCACUAUGAUCCACUUCAGCGUGACUUCCCUGACCCAGACACCCCUCCUCUGACCAUUUUCUCCUCUAAUGAUGAUAUUGUUCUUGUACAAGCUCUGGAAUUAGCAGAUGAAGCUAGAAGAAAAAGACAGUUUACUGAUGUAAACCGCUUUACCCUGAGAUGUAUGGUGUGCCAGAAGGGAUUGACUGGACAAGCAGAAGCAAGGGACCAUGCCAAGGAAACAGGCCAUACCAACUUUGGAGAAGUGUAAUCUAUGCAUGAUGAGGGUUGGAGCCUACUUACUACCUCACAAAUCCAGAAGGCUCUGGGUUUUCCAAUAAGCUAAUCGUAAUCCUAAAGAACAAAAGGACACAAUGUUUGAACCACCCCUUUAACUUAAAACCACUAAGACACUGAAAUUGUGAAGAUUAAAAUUAGUGUGCAGGUUUACAGAUGUGUGUCUACAGUAGUGAUACAUGCCCUCUUUCUGCUGGAGUGACAGAAUAGGUGGUGCUUUCCACCUGCUGACACUAACCUGAAGAUUGAGUUUUAGUAUUAUAAACUAGCACCCAGAAGCAUUAACUUGUAGAAGAUGAUGGUGUCACAUUUUGGGUAAUGUGGAAGGCCUCAGGUGAGGCUACAGGAAAUAUGUCGCAGAGUCUUCAGUAACUGAGUUCUUUUAAUAACUCAGUGAGUUAAUAGUUUCUAAAUUAUGAAUUGAUUCCUCAAAUGAAGAUACUCAAUUGCCAAAACUGAUUUUAUAUUACAAUUUGAUAGAACUUAUACAUGUGUACUUACUUAACUGAUUAAAAGUACAAAUCAAGCAAUUUUUACAGGGAUGGGUCUAUUCCUUGAGAAUGUUAUCUAAAAGCACGAACUGAUAGUACCCUGUUUAAGAUUUCUAGUGUAUAAAAGUAGAAUGUAUGAGGGGAAAGGUGCCUGAAGUAGCUGACUGAAGUUUUAAAAGACAGUUGACUUCAUGUUUUAAUGCGAUUCAUUUAUUGGUCUUUGUCACAUUGGAUAAAAUUUUUAAAUUAAGCAGGAUAGUUUCUUUUAAUUGAAGUUCCUUGAAAUUUGAGUGCUCAAUUUUUGCUUUUUAUGUAAAGAUUUAUCUGGAGGGAUUUAUUUUCCUCAGCUUUUUGUUAAGAGCACAUCCUUCAACUUGUAGGAAAAAAUUCUUUAAAGUGAUAAUGCUGUAAUUUGGUUUGGUUUGUGCAAGGUCUUUUGCUUAAACAGUGUUUUCAUGCUAGCCUUACCCUUACACUAACGCUUUUUUGAAUAAUUUCACAUUUCUGCAAGUUAGCACUUCGCUUAUCAGCAAUCUUUUACUUUGCCUUUUGAAGAGUUUUAAAGUAAUUGGGAUGAUAGUAUUGAAUGAAUUUGUUUCACUUCCAAAAUUGAGUUUUUAAAUCCUUGCCUUAUUCAACUCAGAAUUUUGUUUCUUUGUGUAGUCAUUUGCUUGGUGGGCUAAUCUGCAAGAGACACCCUCUAAAAUUUAGCUUUGCUAUGAGAUCUUCCAGCUAAAGUUUUCUACCUCUCUUCUUGAUUCUUCUAAAGAUCAGGGAUGCUAAAUUUAAAAUUGUUAUGUAUUAUCUCACAUAAUGUGAAGAGGCUUAAUGUUGUGAAGUUUUGUUAUCUUGAUCUCAUUUUUGCUUAAGUAUCUCACUGAGAAAACUAAUGGUAUAUUUAAAAGCACUUACAUCUCUUUCAGCAUCUCUCCUGGCAAAUGUUUAAAGUUGAGAUUUCAGUGCUUUCUCUUGGUGAAGGUGGCCAGGUAAAAUUAAGAAACAUGUAAGCAAUUUUAAAAGUACCUUUAAAGAACAUUCACAGAGUAUGUUUGAAAUCAUUGGAUGACAUUUCUUGAGUACCUUUUGUGUAUAUAGGUGCUUUAGGCAUUCAUUAUAAGUUACAAGGUCAAUACAGUUUAGAAGUGUUUAAUUGCCUGUCAUACUGAGCCUUAAGACAGCACAUGUAAGCUUACAAUACUUAAUGUUUGGCAAUCAUAAUAUGUACAAAUGAAUGUGGUUGAAAAUCUCUCAUUCCUCUCAUCUGGCCCAGAUAGCUUUUUCUAUGUCUUUUAUUUUCCCUAAAAAAUAUUACAUUUAAAACUGUAAAUUAAGUAUAUAUCAUUGAGUAGCAUCCUUCAAAUUGAGCUUUAUGCAUCAUUAUUCAUAAAACUUACCUUCCUUUCCCAGUACUUCAGGAGCCAGUCUUAACAUUUGCUUUACCAAAAUUUUACAUCUAGAAGUUAAUUCAUGCAACAAAUAUUUGUUUUUAUGUUCCAGGCAUGAAUUGGUGUGUUUCACAACAUAAAUUUCUGUCACUUUAAGAUUGAGACUAUAUUUUAUCUGUAGUGGAUUAAUUUAAUAAAGGAAAGAAAUAUUACUGAUAAGUUUACAAAAUUAAACCCCUCCAUUUUAAGUGUUUUUGUUUACAUAUUUAAGCUUAUACUUUUAUAGGACAUGUCAAAUAUUUAUUCAGGGGAUCUUUUUUUUCUAUUUUACCUGUCAUUUAGAUUGUCCAUUCACAAAUUUAAGACUGAUACUCAAAUUGCUCUAAAUAAUGACUUUUUAAUUAGUCAUCUCCUGAAAUUCAGCACUAGUACUUUCAAAGUAGCGUUCUGAUGAAAAUUCAAUAUGAGGCACUAUUUGUAGACCAUUUGAUUUAAUUAUUGAGAAUUUUAAAAACCUAAAUUACUCAUUCUAAACUCAAGCUUGUAAGCCUCACAGAAUUUAAAGAUUUUUUACUGUGCUUAUUAUUAAACUGUUUUGAAGUUAGUUAUUAGUAUAAGUAAAUUCUAAUCUUGAGAACUGUGAAAAUCUUAAAUAUUUAGCACUUGCAGUGGGAUUAAAGGAAACUCUUAAGUCUGCACUUGAGCAGAAUGAGUCCCUUCUUCCUAUUCAUUCAUUUUUUGACUGCCAUACAAGAAUAUUCUUUUAAUUAAAAUGAGGACCAUUUACAUAGUGACCGAAUGAAUGAAGACCAUGUUUUCCAACCCUCCCCCUUUCCCUUGCUCUUGGAUUUAAAGAUUAGGUAUGCUCCUAGAUAGGGUGAUUUUAGAAGUUAAACUUAAUAUUACUGGGGAUAUUGUGAGGUGAUAAUCAUGAAGACAUCAUUAGUAUGUUACAUCUUCUGUUGAUGGUUAGUGGUUGAUUUCUUAAUUGUUUCCUAUUAAUAAGAAAUGGGCAUAGUCAAGUGGAGGCCUUGAAAGCAUGGCUGCUGGUCAACUUGGCCCCGUUGGCAAGAACUAAUGUAGUCAUGCCACUUGAUUUCUUCAGUGAACUCCCAGCAAAAUAGUAAUCAGGAAUAAGUAACAUUACAUUAUGUCUCCAUGCAUGUCCCUGAGUACUCAUGCCUAGCUUGCUUAUUCCUUGUAUCCUUUUUAUAGGGAUUAAAAUGUAGGUUGUCCUAGCUAAACGUAGUUUACUGUGUCUUUGAAAAAUUUAGUAUGGGGAGUAUGCAAGAUUAAGCAAUAGAGUGUUUUUCUUUACAAUUCAGGUGGCCUUUCUAAACUUGCAUAUAAGAAUCAUGUUCUGUCAUGUGUUGAGACACAUUUGUUAUUAUUUUCAGCACUUUAAAAAAAUAUAUGAAAUGAAAGUUUACAUAUCAGCCCUCUCCAGGGAUCUUAUGCUACAACAUGGAUGAAACUUGAAGACAUCAUGUUCAGUGAAAUAAGCCAGAUGCAAAAGGACAAAUAUUGUAUUGUUUCUCUUAUAUGCAAUAAUAAGCAAAUUCAGAGACAGAAAGCAGAAUAGUGGUUUCCAGAAUUGGCAGGAAGAGGGAAUGGGGAGCUAUUGCUAAAUGAGUCAGAGUUUUGGUUUGGGAUGAUAAAAAUAGUCUGGACAUAGAUAGUGGUGAAAGUAUUGCCAAUGCACUUAAUGUCCAAGAGUUCAUUUUUAUGUUAUGUAUAUUUUACCACAAUUACAGAUAAAUAAUUUUUUAUAAUGCUAUUUGGAAUAAAUAUGAAGUCUACCUGUGGAGACCAAAUGUAUAUGAAAAUUUUGUUAAAAUUUCAAAAAAAAAAAUUCUUGAGCUGCUCUCAGUCCACUCUUCUUAAUCACUAUUGCCAUCAGUGUCUAGUGUAUUCAGUGACACGCUUUCUGGUAUUUUGAUAACAGUAGAACUCACUUUCAGUAAUUUAGGCACAUGCUCUGUGCCCAAACAUUCAAAAUAUUAUUUAUAACUUUGUACAGUGCAGUAUUAAAAUUUGUUUUCCUAGAACAAAGACUACUAUAACAAUUUAUAAAAUAUUAGAUUCUUACAACUCUCCAUUUGUUUCUAAGCAAACUUAGAUUGAGGGAGCUGAUUUUUUUAGUCAGGCCUUGAAAGUAUUGUACAGGUGACAUCAUUUUAAGUCUAAAGUGAAACACUUGAUUUGAAUAAGCUAGUUAUUAAUUAAAGAUGUUUUCUUAUAAAGUUCUAUUUCAGCACAUCUCAUUCAACUUAGAAUAUGAGUUUUAUUCUUCUUUCCCCCAAAUUAGCUGACAUUUUGUUUACAGUGCUUUGAACAUUUGAUUUAGAGAAAAUUAUAACACUGGUAUUCAACAUUUUGAGUGCUGAUUUAGGUCUUGAUUCAUAUGGAUUUAUAGGAGGUUGUUAUUUUAGGGGUGAAGGAAAGGAGGAGCAGGAGGGCAAAGUACUACUGAAAAAUUAAGAAGAUAUUCUCAAGUGGAUACGUUCCUUACCAUGAAUUAUGCUUUUUCGAAAAUGUUUCAAGCAAUGCCUUUGUGUCACCUCAAACCUCUGCCCCAUUUCUUGGCAUAGACUGUAGCAGGGCCAUAAGUGAAACAGCUUGUCAUUAAAGCAUGAAACCAUGAAUGCAAGUAUUUUGCUAUGAUGCCUUUUUAUACUUAGGGUUUUAAAACUGCAAACUUAAACCUAGGAGUUUAGGGACAGUGAAGAUAGGAUUUGUUUAGUUUGUAGGAUUAGUAGAAAAAAAUUAAAAAGUUUAGAAUUUCUACUAAGAUUACAUGAGCCUGAUGUUAAAACUGGUAUAGCAUAUGAAGUUAGUUAUAGCCCAUAAGUUACUUAAAGGACCAGGGGACCCAAUUCUUGUCAAUUUUCUAGUUCACCUUGGUGCCAUUCAGGACUCAAGCUGUUUACAGGAAAUAAAUACUUAGCAAAGGGUAUUUUUUUUCCCUUAAAAAAAUGUUGAAUUCAGCUUAAAAUGCAGAAAAUAUAUAAAACUUGUCAAAGAGAUGAUACGGUCCUAUAGUUCCUGUAUUAUGCAGUAGAAGUGGAGUUUCCUAAAGCAAGAAAACCUAAGAUAAAGGCUCAAAAUUUAGAGCUUUAGAACAUGAAUUGAAAAUGUAAUAGGGAAGGGCAAAACAGAACAAAGUUCUGCUUUUCUUGGUAUAAGAAAAUAUUUUUUCUUGAUGGACAGUGUUUUCUUGUUUUAAAAAUGAUCUUUUGUCUAUUUGCCGUCAUUUUUUUCUAAGUUAAUACACUUCUGCUGCCUGCAAGAUGUCCAGUUUCAUUUUGUACAACUCAUGUGAUUUUGCCAUUGUCAUUAAGAUACGCUGAUUCUAUUUAUGAGGUGUAUGAUUUUAAAUAAUUGCUGUGUGGAAUGACUUGUUUUGAAGGAAUAAAUGAAGUGAAAACAU